ACUGCCAUGCCCGUGGGAAUCUUCCGGGUGUGCCUAGUGGUGAUUACAGCUAUUGUCAACCACCCGCGCUUCUUCCCUAAAGACAAUGGCACUGUCCCCGAGAACGCGGAAGAAAUCAUCCAGAAGAUGAAGGAGCGUGAGGAGAGCCUUCGGCUGGAGCAGUUGCGCUUGGAGCAGGAAAUUGCAGACCAGGAAGCCACACAGAAGGCUCUGGAAAAGGCUGCAGAAGUAGUGGAGGAAAGCAAAGAGCAAAAGGUCCGAUGGGAUAUGUGGACUGCCCUUUCCAUGGUCAUCUUUCUGCUGAUCGAGCUCUGGAGGCAGGAUUUCCAGGAUGGGAAUUGGCAGGACACAGGAGGAGAAGAGGAUGACAUGGCUGUCCUAGGGAAAGCAUUUAAGGGAGUGGCCUUCCCUGACAAGGCCGUCUUGGCCAGCUUCUAUGAGAAGCGCAUCCUGGGUACCACCGGAGACAUGGCCAGGAUGCGGGAGAUGGUGGAAGGCUUUGCAGAUGACCUGCUGGAGGCCUUGAGGAGUGUUUGUAACCGGGAUGCUGACAUGGAGGUGGAAGACUGCAUGGGUGUGGGGAGCAUGUAUGAGAAUUGGAGAGUGCGUAAACCUUUUGUCUGUGAUCUGAUAGUGCCUUUUGCCCCCCCCGAGCCAUACUGUUUUCGGUCCCAGACCUGGUGCUCUGGAGACUCUUUUCCCCCAGAUGAACAAGGUUAUGGCACUAUCAAGGUAUGCAGGGCAGAUGAGGAUGUGACAGGUUGCAUCUGUGACAAGACUAAACUAGGGGAAGAUAUGCUGUGCCUCCUCCAUAGCCAAGUCAAUACUACCAGGCCCAGCAGUGAGAUGGAAGACCUUCUGUGCUUCAAAAAUACUCAAUAUCUGGAUGCCAACCAAGUCAUGAAGUGGUUCCAGAUUGCGGUCACCAAGGCCUGGAACAGAAUCUCUCACAAGUAUGAAUUUGACCUUUCCUUCAGCCUCCUGGACUUGCCAGGAGCCCUGAAGAUAAAAUUUAGAUCAGGGAAGUCAAUUGCCUUCAACCUCACCCCUGUGGUGCAGUAUGAGAACUCUGAUGUUUACUUCAUCUCUCAUUUCCCUCGGAGCGGCCUGGCAGCAGACCUCCCCUCCAGCACUCACUGGUUUCUCACCUUUGCAGUGUAUGAGAGGAGGUUCAUCCAGCUGAUCUCCAAAACACUGCCUGCCAAUGCCUGCCAUGUCAGCUGCCUUCAGAUCCUUUCCUUCCUCCAUGGGAAGCAGUGCAGCCUCACAGGUCCAAGCGGGCUCACCAACUACCACCUGAAGACAGUGAUGCUGCAUCUCCUGCAGGUACGUCCCAGCCAGGACUGGGCCCCAGAGAAGUUGGAGGCCCGACUACAGGACAUGCUGAAAUUCCUGGAGAAAUGUUUGCAUGAAAAGAAGCUCUACCACUUCUUCAUCGGCAAUGGGAAGGUACCAGCAGAGCUGGGCUUCCCCGUCAUAUUCCAGAGGGCUGAGCCUCUCAACCUUUUCCGUCCCUUUGUGCUACACAGGGACGUUUACAGGAAGACAGUGGACACAUUCCACGAGAUGCUCAGGAACACAUCUGCACUGAUAAAUGAGUACACGGUGCAUAUUCCUCUUGCACACACCAAUGGAAUCCAUAAGGAAUCCCUUUAACCAAAGCCAGCAGGAAAACAUUUGUUCCUCUAAGCACAAGUCCAGAGGGCAGCUUUCUGAAGCCUCCUGGAGAGAACUGACUUUGCCAGUACAGCUUCUUGUCUGCAGCUGAACCAGUCUUGGGCCAUGGUUUCUGCAGUAAGGGAGAGGG